GAGAUGCUGCCAACUGCCGCUCUGCUAUUCCUGGCAGUGUCUGUGGUCGCCAAAGAGAACAGCACGUGUGAUGGCCCCUGCGGGUUAAGGUUCAAGCAGAACCAGCAAAUGGGGACUCGGAUUGUAGGAGGGCAGAAUGCAGCCUUGGGGGCCUGGCCUUGGAUGGUCAGCCUCCAGGUCUACACGUACCACACCAAUCGGAGAUACCAUGCCUGCGGGGGAACGCUGAUCAAUUCUCACUGGCUGCUGACGGCUGCACACUGCUUCAGGGAGAAAAAGAACGUGUAUGAUUGGAGGCUGAUUUUUGGAGCCAGGGAGGUUGUGUUUGGGAACAACAAGCCCGUGAAACCACCUCAGCAGGAGCGUUAUGUGGAGAAGAUCAUCAUCCAUGAGAAGUAUGUGCCAUCGCUGGAGAUCAAUGACAUUGCCCUCCUGAAGAUCACACCUCCAGUCCAGUGUGACAACUACAUCGGGACCGGCUGCCUGCCCCAGUUCAAAGCCGGUCCUCCCCGUCUGCCCCAGACGUGCUGGGUGAUUGGCUGGGGCUUCUUAAAUGAGGAUGCCCACAAGGUCUCACCGACGCUGCAGGAGGCACGCGUGAACCUCAUCAGCCUCCCGAAGUGCAACUCCAGCCGAUGGUAUAACGGACGCAUCCGCUCCACUAACCUGUGUGCAGGCUACCCUGAAGGCAAGGUGGACACCUGCCAGGGGGACAGCGGCGGGCCCCUCAUGUGCAAAGACAAUGCGGAGAACACCUUUGUGGUCGUGGGGAUCACCAGCUGGGGCAUUGGUUGUGCCCGUGCCCUGCGUCCUGGAGUCUACACGUCCACCUGGCCCUACCUGAACUGGAUUGCGUCCAAGAUUGGCACAAACGCCUUGCACAUGGCUCAGCUGCCUGUCUCUCUCCUUCCUUCUCAAGGUUCCCAACUCCAACCCCCAAAUCCCUCCACAGCUCGCCCUCCUUGGUACCAAGGCCAGCAGGAUGGCCGGCCCAAACCUCCUGUCAAACCACCCCCACCCCCACCCCCGCCCCCUCCCCCUCCCCCUCCCCCAGUCCUGACAGCAUCCAUCCAACAGACUCCACCCCCACCCCCGGCUCAGCCCCAACCCCCGGCCCCAUCUGCCCCUACUAGGCCCCCACAAGAACUUUCAUUCGCCAAACGACUCCAGCAGCUCAUAGAGGUCCUGAAAGGAAAAUCCUUUCCUAACCCCAAGAGCUAUUAUGAGGUAGAGGCCAUGCCGGAGAUGACCACCAUCUCCUGA